AAUUGCAGUGUAAUAAAUUUUACGACAAAUGAGAUAACGACUGGUACAUAUCAGUAAAAAAUUCCGACUGUUCAUCAGUUCUGUUUGAUUCUUUCGAUUAUUCAUCAGUUCUUUUCAAUUUUGUCGACUAUUAAUCAGUUCAGUUCAAAUGUUUGACCAUUCAUUUUAUAAAACUUCUUCAUAACUAAGUUUGAUUUAUUCGAUGAAAAUGUGGAAACUGGCUGCUAUUAUCUGCUUCUUCUUAUCAGCUAUACAUGAUUCUGUUGCACCAAAGUGGAAGAUCUGGCCAGGCAAGAAAAAGCCAACACUUCCUAUCAUAACUCUUGAAGUUAAAAAUAUACGCUAUAUUACUCAACAGCAAACCUUUAGCUACUUCCAGUUGAAAUCAGGCACUAAACAUAAAGUUUUAACAGAUUUCAAUGGACAGAAAAUCAUUGCAGUAAUGUUCGCUGGACAGGCUUGCUCUUUCGUGGUUCAGAACGGAGAAGAAUAUGAACCAGGCGAAGUGCUUAUAACUGAUGACGUGGCCAGGAACAUUGUACUGGUAGCAGAUAUUGAUAUAUCGCUUAGAGAUUACCCAUUGGGUCAUAAAUAUUGGAAAAAACGGUCUCGUUUUGCCAUAAUACCCCCUGGUGUCUUACCAGAAACACCGAUGGCACCGGAAUCCCCUUUCUCAAUGCGCUCACAUGAUUCAGAACAAUCCAUAAACUCACAUGAUUCAUAUGCCUCAGUACACUCAAUUGUCUCAUCGCGCUCACCACCCGCAGCUUAUCCUCUUUAAGACGUCCUUAGAAUAUACCUUUAUAUCACGAUAAAUCUAGUUUAUUAUUAUAUUUUUGUUAUAUUUUAAAGUCACUUCCUGAAAAAGCAACACCAAAAUAUAGCGAAAAAAAUUUGCAAAUAAUAUUUCAGUUUCUAUCAAUUUUCCCCCGCGAUACUCCCGAACACAGAUACUGUAUUUUUGUUCUUGCUUCCGGCCAAUACAUUCCCUCCUUUGCCUCCUUUCCCAAUCUGAAUCUCGCAAAUCUUGUACAUCUUUUCUCCCCUAUCACUUUUUAAUCCUCUGGUUCUCUUUGCUUGCUUAUUAUAUUAAAAAUGUAUUAUAUUUUGUGUCAUCUAAUUAAUUUUAGUUUAAAUCAUUUUCGUUUUGCGAUAAGUCUACGCGUGUUAUUUAGGAUCCACUACAUGUACCACAUCUUUUACUAUCCUUAUGUAUGUCUUCUUUUUGUUCAUUACGGAAUAUCGAAG